CCCGGCUAGCUACUUCUGAGAGGAAGCGGAAAUGCGUGUGAUGUAUUAAAGGCGGCGCCCCGCCCUGGCAUUUCUUUUUCCAUCUCCGGCUGCCGCAGCGAAAGGAGCCACAGCCGCCGCCAUGUCCGCGCACCUGCAGUGGAUGGUAGUGCGGAACUGCUCCAGCUUCCUGAUCAAGAGAAAUAAGCAGACGUACAGCACGGAGCCCAAUAACUUGAAGGCCCGCAAUUCCUUUCGCUACAACGGGCUGAUUCACCGCAAGACGGUGGGCGUGGAGCCGGCGGCCGACGGCAAGGGGGUCGUGGUGGUCAUGAAACGGAGAUCUGGUCAGCGGAAGCCAGCCACCUCCUACGUGCGCACCACCAUCAACAAGAACGCGCGCGCCACCCUCAGCAGCAUCCGCCACAUGAUCCGCAAGAACAAGUACCGCCCGGACCUGCGCAUGGCCGCCAUCCGCAGAGCCAGUGCCAUCCUACGCAGCCAGAAGCCUGUGAUGGUGAAGCGGAAGCGGACCCGCCCCACCAAGAGUGCCUGAGCCACCCCUGAGCAAUAAAGAGCCCAGCUUCCGCUGGCUGUGGCCACGUCAGUCA